AUGUCCGAUCUACCACAGAGUGGAGUGGUCAAGAAAUUGACGGAAUUGUUCAGCGGCCCGGAGUACGCCGUCAGUAAUCAGACGGCAAGCCCCAUCAUAGUCCGUCGCGCCGCCGGCAAUUUGGGGCGGACUGAUCCUCCCCUGGCUCCAUACACGGAGGCCAUUCAGAAGCAACAAGAGGCGCCGGCGUCUUCUCUGGGUCGCAGCCUAGAAAUCUCCGCACGGGGAUCCAAUCCCCCGAAUGAAAGGUUUGAGCAGGAGGCGCUGGGCCCAAACUAUGAUACAGCCGGACGGAGCAAACCCGAUAUUUAUGGGGGCCGAUGUUAUAACUGGGCGUGGGAGGAUAGAAAGCCGAGUGAACACAUCCCUCGUGAAGAUCCGUCCUAUCUUGCCUUUCGAGAAGAGGAGCGUAGGCGCAUCAUGGAACGGCAAGACCCAGAAAUCUAUGAUUGGAAAUCCAAUAAGCGCGAGUCGAAGAGCUCCAAAAUGAAAGCCGAAAUAGAUAUGGCGUUGGCUUCAAGGCGGGAGGCAGUGCUAACCCCCGUGAAACCGUACAUAAAGCCCCACAAACGCUGUCCCUAUCCCGAUAUGGAGAUUGCGUUGGCCAAAGCCCGAAAGGAAGCAGAGCAAGCCAUGGAGGCUGAGCGUGGGUUGGAGAGACCAGGCUUGGACGGCUGCCACCAAUAUGGGGACGACGAUCCCAGAAAAACUUCCCCUCAGCCGAUGGUGACACCCACACCAGGGCCGAGCCAACGGGCUCAGCCGCGGCCAGUGGAUCGGCCGGGAGAAGUUCGUCUUGAGGAUGGAACCCUUAUCAUCAGAAAACAAUUCGAAUUCCCAACCGAGAAAACGCGGCCUAAAGCUCUGAGGAUUCCUGGUCCAAAGGGGCCCCUAUUCGGCUUUCAGUCAAAGAUCGCGCCUGCAUGCCGCAAAACGGCCCAGAGGGUUGCAGAUUUCAUUGACCGUAUUCGACCGCAAAAGUCUCCACGGAAGCUGACCGAGUCCGAAAUCGAAAAAAUGCGGAUUUUUGACCCAAGCACCAUCGAAGAUGACGAUAUAUCGGUUGGAUACGAAGCUUGCGGAGAAGUUCAGGAAAUCCGAUCUGAAGACGACUUUUCUGAUGACGAUCUCGAGAUGGAACUGACAAAUGGCGAGCAAGAAACGGACAGAGCCGGCGAGACCAGGGCCGCAGUUGAAGAAACCAUGGACUAUGAUGGGGAUGUGUGCAAAGAAAAGGUCGACGACAUUGAACAAGAAAGUUUAGAAGCUGCGGGGCCGAUCGCCGGGUCGAAACGACGUAGCGAAAGCAUUGAAGAAGACUGUUCAGAUGAGGAACUGAUAAUUCAUCGGAAAAGAGCCCGGUCCGGUAGCCAAGGCCAAGAACGACCUAUGGGACGAAACAGAUAUGUGCCCUUGACGGCCUGGCCGGAAGAACUAAAAGCCACUGCCACUCAUCUAGUUCGUGAUCUAAAAAUGGACACUGAUGGCCUGCUCCGUUGGUCCAGUUCGCUUGGAUAUUUGGUUCAACGAAAUCAGCUGAGAAAGUUUAUCAACCGGGUUAAAAAAGGACAAACGGCCCAAAGAAAAGAGGUUCCUGUCCAUUCUUUGACGGACCGCAACAAAGAAGCGCGGGUCAAGUGUUCAAAAAAUCUGCUGGCGGCGUUACAGUCAGGCGACGUCUUGAUCUCCAAGCUAGUCUUUUCUGAUGAAAAGACCAUAAACAUCGACCCUCCGCGGGGCCAUGAAUGGGUCCUGUCAAAGGCUGGCAGCAAAAAAGAAGUGGACUCGGAAUUGCUUGAUCUACCGCAUGGGAAGCCGACAGGGCCCGGCUAUCUGAUACAUGGCGCUGUAACCGGAACGGGACAGAAGCUACCCCUAAUUAUUUUGGAAAAGGGUAUCAACAUCGGUGGGCCAGAAUAUAGGUAUAUGCUACAAAGGCAUAUCACACCAGCGGCUCAACAGCUUGUCGGCGACGAUUUCAUUUUUCAACACGAUUGGGCACCGGGCCAUAAUGCAAAUGAGACCCACGCAUGGCUAGUUCAAAACAACAUUCGCUACUUGGACAGAGAA